UAUUAUUUACUUACAAUGUAUUUUUUUUCCCCCAUCAUCUGCAGAAUUUCCCACGUCCUAGUUUGCAAUGUAACCCAGCGAGUGUCAUUCUGGUUUGUGGUUACAGAUCCUUUGAAAAAUCACACCCUUCCUGCUGUUGAGGUACAGACAGCCAUAAGAAUGAAUAGGAACCGGAUCAACGGUGCCUUCUUUUUGAAUGACCAGACUCUUGAAUUUUUAAAAAUUCCGUCCACUCUUGCACCACCCACCGACCCAUCUGUGCCCAUCUGGAUUAUUAUAUUUGGUGUGAUAUUUUGCAUUGUCAUAGUUGCAGUCAUGCUAUUGAUUUUAUCAGGAAUCCGGCAACGUAGAAGGAUGAGCAAAGGACCAACUGAAGUGGAUGACUCUGAAGAUAACUGUGAAAACACGAUCACAAUUGAGAAUGGCAUCCCCUGUGAUCCCUUGGACACUAAGGGAGGGCACAUUAACGAUGCCUUCAUGACAGAGGAUGAGCGGCUCACCCCUCUCUGAAGGGCUGCUGUUUUGCUUCCCCAAGGAACUCAACACUUGUUUCUGCGCAACUGCUAAGCAUUAUAAAUGAUCAAAGGCAGAUUGUAUAUUUUGUUUCACCAUUCUUCUUUUGUAAGAAACUGUCAAUGUGCAUGAAAGUAAAAGGCAAUCAGUUAUAUCCAUGAAGACCUUUGGAAUCAUAAGCUGUUGACUACUCAGAGUAUUCCAAAAUAUUUCUCCAACAACACAAUGUGUAAUUGUAGUCAUGUGGUGUCUUUAGUUAUUGGUUUAAAAAUGCAUUUGUGUUAAGCAUUUCCAGAAAUAAGGUCAGGCCACUACAUGUAUUUUUUUCCACACUUUGAAGACCUAAAGAGAAAUAUUUUUUCCAGUGGAAAAUACCUAUAAUAUGGUAUGGAAAUCUUUGAAAGUGGAUCCUUUUUGAAUAUUGUUUAUAUCACUCUGCACAUGACUAAGAAAUCAAGAAUAGAAAAUAAUGAUUAUAACUGAGAUGGAUGAAUAUGGGAGUAUCAAUACAUGAGGUGAAAUUUGAUCCUGUUAUCAUACCAAUACUUGCUUAUUCUCUAUCAGUCUCUGAUAGGGUAGCCCUGUUUGUUGACUAUUUCUGCAAUUUGUAAAAGUACAAUCUAUGUGAAUUUAAUAAAGUGCUAAUCAUCUCUUUUUAAUUAUGCAA